UUUCACUAGAAAAGAACAUUAGGGUUUGCUAAAAUAGCUACUUUUUUCUUCUCAUUGUUGUGUUUUUGUGAGACAAUGGCUACUUCAGUUAAGCCAAGACAGUUACUUGUUAUCAUCGUAAUUGUUCUGACAUUGUUUGUAGUGAGUUCAGAAGCUCGAAAUGUUCCAACAAUGGAGAAGAAGAUUCAUAGUAAGUUUGGAUUACGUGAAGUAAUCAACAAUGUGAGAAAUGGAAAGUGGCAUGGAAAGAGGUCAAUGCUUGGUGGAAGGUUGGAGAGAGUUUCACCUGCUGGGCCAGAUCCUGAUCAUCACUAGACAUGUCAAAUUCGAGUUCAGGUUCUCUGUUAGUGUUUUUGAUGUUGUCGUUCUGUUCAGAUUUCAAAAUACAUUGAUAUAUUAAAAAAAUUAAUAUUAUCAAUGUUAUUUUAAAACUAUGGCAGAAAUAUGAUAUCAAAAUUUCAACAAGAGAAUCUAAAUUCGUCAAAUUAAUGAAUGCAUGUUUGGUUCAAAUUUUCACUAGUAUUUUUAUGAAUUAAUAUAAAAUUAUGUGUUUCAAUGCAUCAUUUAGAAAAAAAAAAUAUAUAUUGAAAAAAAAAUGUACCCAAUGGACCAGUGCUUAACUUCUCGAUGUAUCCUAAUUAAUGUCAUUAAAAAACCAUGAGUCAAUGAAAUGUUGCAAGGU